GGCACGCGAGAGGACGUCUUGGGCGUCCACAGGUGACUGAGCAAUAAGCCUUUCGUAAUUCCGUCAUCCAAUCGCUCACUGUCCUACCUGUCCUUCUUACGGAGCAACAGGCGACGCUCUUUGGUGCAUUAUAGUGGACCAGGGGCAAAAUCCCCUUCGUAUCAACCGCAAUCUUCUCGAAGGGAAGUCCACGAGCUCUGGAAGACGAGCUUCUCGAGUUUGAAUUGGGAAGGGAGGAGGAGAGCAGUGUAGAGACAGAGAGGCGUGGGGCAAGCGAGUGACAGUUGCAGUUGCUUUGCUUUGAUUCGUGGCCAUGGCUACCACCACGACUGCUGCGGUGUCCAGUGUCUUGGUGCAGAAUGUGCCGACCACGAGCACACCUCGCUUGAGCAGUUUGAAGGGCAACUUUGGUUACGGUGUGAGAAUCUCAUCGAAGCAGCUUAGACAGCGGCAGCUUGAGGCUGCUGUGGUGCACAGCAAAUGCCAUAGUGGGCCAUCCGGUGAAACUGAGACAGCCCCGGAGGCAUUUGACACCAAGAAUUUUCGGAGGUCACUGAAUACAAGUGGGAAUUACAAUAGGAGCGGAUUUGGACUCAAGAAGGAAAUGCUCGCCUUGAUCAACGAGGAAUACACCAGUAACAUCGUUAAGAAGCUGAAAGAGAAUAACAAUUCUCUGACAGUAGGAGACAUCACCAUCGAGUUGGCUGAAUCGUUCGGGUUCUGCUGGGGUGUAGAGCGCGCCGUCCAGAUUGCCUAUGAGGCGAGGAAGCAAUUUCCCGAACAGAAAUUAUGGAUCACCAACGAGAUUAUCCACAACCCUACUGUCAACAAGAGGCUGGAGGAUAUGAAUGUGGAACUUCUUCCGGUGGAAACGGAAGGGAAAAACUUUGGAUUGGUGAAUCAUGGGGAUGUCGUGAUUCUUCCAGCUUUCGGAGCCGCCGUUCAGGAAAUGCAGAUUUUGAAUGAUAAGGGUGUUCAGAUUGUCGACACUACCUGUCCAUGGGUGUCCAAGGUCUGGAACACUGUGGAGAAACACAAGAAGGCAACAUACACAUCAGUGAUUCAUGGGAAGCCCGAACACGAGGAAACGGUUGCCACAGCUUCCUUCGCCGGCAAAUACAUCAUUGUCCGGAAUAUGAAAGAGGCGAACUAUCUUGUGGAUUACAUAUUAGGAGGCAAACAUGACGGGUCAAGUGGAACAAAGGAAGAGUUCAUGGAGAAAUUCAAGGUCUCCGUAUCCAAGGGAUUUGACCCUGACACCGAUCUAGAGAGACUUGGAAUUGCCAACCAAACAACCAUGUUGAAGGGUGAAACUGAAGAGAUUGGAAAGCUAUUGGAGCGGACAAUGAUGCAGAAGUAUGGAGUUGGAAAUACGGAGGAUCACUUUAUGAGCUUCAAUACUAUCUGUGAUGCAACCCAAGAGAGGCAAGAUGCCAUGUUCAACUUGGUAAAAAAAAAACUGGAUCUUAUGCUUGUAGUUGGAGGUUGGAACUCCAGUAACACCUCCCAUUUACAGGAAAUCGCAGAGUUAAACAAUAUCCCUUCAUACUGGGUCGACAGCGAGAAGAGAAUCGGUCCUGGCAACAAGAUCGCUUUCAAGUUAAACCACGGCGAGUACGUGGAGCAAGAAGGUUGGCUACCUGAGGGCCCUAUUACGAUCGGUGUUACAUCCGGAGCUUCCACACCAGAUAAGGUGAUAGAGGAUUGCCUUGAAGCGGUUUUCCAAAUACGGCGCGAGCAGAUUCUUCAACAGGCUCAGGUUCCAGCUUAGAAGUUUAUUCGCCGAUGAUUUGCCAGCUAUUCUUCCAAACUCUUAGAGAAUGGGAACUCGCGCAUACACCUCGAAUCUUUCUUCAUAUGAAGGUAGUGGUGAGGAUAGUCGUUUUCUGUCACGCUUACCAUGGUUGGUGACCCUUGUAAUCUAGGUACAGAACAUGUACGGGCUAAAGAAAACUGCCCACGAGUAGUGUUCAUCAGCCUGCUGUAAAUUUGAAGAGGUUAAUAAGCUGAAGCAGCUCUUGUAAUCUGGAUGAUGUCGGCCCUGUUUCAUGAGUACGAUGGUUGUUGCGUAAUUGGAACAGGCUUACUGCUAUAAUGUGUAGUACAAAAUAGAAAAUAUAUUGGA